CUACAGUCACGCGCAGCGGUUCCUGUCGGCACAUGCGCAGCAGCGUGUCCCCGCCCUCUACCUGAGGAGCCCACCUGGAUAACAACGAGACGGAAGCAACUGCUGAGCUUUUUUUUUUUUUUGUCUCCUCGGGGUGGUAAAAAGUGGACCAUCUUCUUUCGGAGCCGAAGCGUGUGAAGACAAAGCAGGAUGAGUUUUUGUUGGAUUUCACUGGAACACCGGAAAGCGGAUUUCUAACGUCAGUCUUUAUUCGGCCACUCAUGGUGAAACCCGGUCUGGAAUCAGUCCGCUCUCUGCGCAAGAAGAAUGACGGCUCUCCGACGAGUCCUCCGAAGGCGACUGCACCCACUUAAGCUGGCGAUCGUGGCCCUCAUUUUUGUCACUUUUAUGCUCUUCAUCCAGUGGGAGGUGGGGAGCCAAAGUCCACAGCAGGAACCAUGGCUGAAGGAGAUGGUGGUGAAGCGGGACGCCAUGCUGGGCAUGGUGAUGGGAGCUGUCAAUAACUUCAGGGAUGCGAUGCCAAAGAUGCAAAUCAGAGCUCCUGUCCGUCAGCAGGGCAGCGCUGACGGCACGUCCUGUCUGCCCGGUCAUUACACCGCCGCCGAGCUCAGGCCCGCUCUGGAGCGUCCCCCUCAGAACCCGCUGGCUCCCGGAGCUGGUGGGAAGCCUUUCCAAACCAACACCCUAAGCCCAGACGAGCUGAAGGAGAAGGAGAGGGGCGAAGAAAAGCACUGCUUUAACCUUUACGCCAGCGACCGCAUCUCCUUAAGCAGAGACCUGGGCCCGGAUACGAGACCUCCAGAAUGCAUUGAGCAAACCUUCAAACGGUGCCCCCCUUUGCCGACCACCAGCGUGAUAAUCGUCUUUCACAAUGAGGCUUGGAGUACCCUGCUCAGGACCGUGUACAGUGUCCUGCACACCUCCCCUGCCAUUCUCCUCAAGGAGAUCAUCCUGGUGGAUGACGCCAGCGUGGAUGAUGUGUUGAAGGACGAGCUGGAUCACUACUUGAAGCAACUCAACAUCGUGCAAAUUGUCCGCCAGCGAGAACGAAAAGGACUCAUCACUGCUCGGCUGCUGGGUGCUUCCGUGGCCAGCGGAGACACGCUUACCUUUUUGGACGCCCACUGUGAAUGUUUUCAUGGUUGGCUAGAGCCUCUUCUCGCCAGGAUAGCUAAGAACUACACUACAGUAGUGAGUCCUGAUAUUACCACUAUUGACCUCAAUACCUUUGAGUUCAUGAAACCAUCCCCUUAUGGUCAGAACCACAACCGGGGCAACUUUGACUGGGGUCUGUCCUUUGGCUGGGAGAGUCUACCACACUAUGAGAAAAAAAGGAGGAAGGACGAAACCUAUCCAAUCAAGACCCCAACAUUUGCUGGCGGCCUCUUCUCUAUUUCAAAACAGUAUUUCUACCAUAUAGGAAGCUACGAUGAAGAAAUGGAAAUCUGGGGUGGGGAGAAUAUUGAAAUGUCAUUCAGGGUGUGGCAGUGCGGGGGGCAGCUGGAGAUCAUCCCUUGCUCCGUUGUCGGCCAUGUUUUCCGGACAAAAAGUCCCCACACAUUCCCCAAAGGGACUCAGGUGAUCGCUCGUAAUCAGGUACGACUGGCCGAGGCCUGGAUGGACGACUACAAGGAGAUCUUCUACCGUCGUAACCAGCAAGCUGCACAGAUGGCCAAAGAUAGGAGCUUUGGCGAUAUCUCCAAACGCGUGGACCUCCGUGUGCAGCUGCAGUGCAAGAGCUUCUCCUGGUAUUUGAAGAACGUCUACCCAGAAGUCUUCAUGCCUGAUCUCAACCCGCUGCACUUUGGCUCUGUAAAAAACGUGGGGAAAGACUCGUGUCUGGAUGCUGGAGAGAACAAUGAGGGAGGGAAACAGCUCAUCAUGUACCCGUGUCACGGCCUCGGAGGAAACCAGUACUUUGAGUACUCCACGCAUCACGAGAUCAGACACAACAUUCAGAAGGAGCUGUGUCUGCAUGGGGCCGGCGGUGCGGUCAAGCUGGAGGACUGCCAGUACAAAGGCAGGAACACGUUCGUAGGCGCGGAGCAAAAGUGGGAGUUAAAGGAUAACCAGUUAUUCUACAUUCCGGGAUGGAACAUGUGCCUGAGUGCACGUCACGAGCAUCCCUCUCUGGCUCCCUGCAGCCCCUCAGACAGGUACCAGCUGUGGUUCUUUGUCUGAGCACAUGCUCGUGCACAUUUAGGACAUCAGCAUGCUGGACUGCAUGCGUGGGGUUGUUUUGGUUUUUAUAUAAGUGACCACUUUGAGUUUUUAUUUAUUUUUAUAUUUGGAAGUGCUGCUGCUGCAAAGUUUGGACUUUGGAGGAAAACACUGUGUGCUUCUGCUGGAAGGAAGCAUUGAAACGAUGCUCCCAGUCGCACUGAACUCAGACACGUGGAACAAUAAGACACGCUGUGUGUUGUCAAGUACCUCUGAUGUGUUUGUGAUGUUUUCUGGACACACAGCCCACACGUGCAGUAUUAAUACUACAAAGCCAGUAGAGGAUAGUUACUGUAGAGACUUUGAGGAAUCACAGAAAACAGACAUCAUGUAGAUAAGAAAGGAAAAAAACCCAUCACUCCUUCAAUGGAAAUGCCCUGUUUCCUAAUUUUAUUUUUAUUUUUUUUAUACAUAUAAUUUUUACUGUCCAGUGCCUUGUUUGGAACAAGUGAUGAUGAGUUAAGAGGAAGAGGAGUCUUAUUUAAUUGAAUUACAGCCUGUUUUUGUCCUCUAUGGCUGAUGCUGUGGGUCAUUUUCUGAAAUUAUGUGUAAAUCUGCACACAUUUAAAAAUGCAUGUGUAUGUCUACUUGAGGGAGAACAGAUUGUUUUGCAGUAACAGCUAAUAUUGCUAAAUGAGCUGUUUCCAAAAUCCCAUCUAGAAAUAGACACAAAAAGUACAGAAAAAACAACGGUGAUUUAUUAGAAUUUUUAAGAAAGGAAAAACAGCCCAGUGUCUUGUUUUUUUUGGGGGGGGGGGGGUCCAUAAAUGGAAAUGGAUAAUUCCUCAUCAGAAUGUUGCAAGAUUGCUGGAGAAGCCCAUGUGACUAUUACAUAGGACCCCAUCAUCAGCUUGGUACAAAGCAGUGCGCAGCGCAAUAGUGAAACCGCACUCUGCAUAUACUGUAGGCACACAACAAAAUUAAAUUGAAAACAGCAAA